AUGGUAGUGCGCAAUCAAUUUAGAGUGAUUGAAUUCAUGCAAGAUUAUCAUGAGAGUACACAAAGAAGAAGAACAAUUAAUAGAGACCGUGUAACUGGACACACUCAACUUGUCAAUUAUUAUUUAUGUGUUGAGCCGGUGUAUACUGAUGAUAUGUUCCGAAGACGAUUCCAAAUGAGAAAAGAGUUAUUUUUGCGCAUAGUCACUGAUUUGGAAAAUCAUCCUAGUGGAUUUUUUAAAUGGAGGGAAGAUGCAUCAAGGAGAAAAGGUCUAUCACCGCUUCAAAAAUGCACGGCGGCUACCCGUCAACUGACUUAUGGAGGUUCCGUCGACCAAUUUGACGAGUACUUGCGAAUGGGUGAAACAACUGCCCUUGAAUGCUUGUCCAACUUUUGCCAAUGCGUGAUACAAAUAUACGAAGAUGAGCACUUGAGAAAAUCCAAUGCAACUGACAUUACUUGUUUGCUUGAAAUGCAUGAACCAAAGUAUGAUUUCCCUGGAAUGUUAGGAAGUCUUGAUUGCAUGAAUUGGGUCUGGAAAAAUUGUCCGGUUGCGUGGAGGGCACAGUACACACGAGGCGAUCAUGGCUAUCCAACAAUUGUGCUUGAGGCAGUUGCAUCUGUCGAUUUGUGGAUAUGA